CAUUUUGUUCGCCGCCCGUCUGCCUGCCGGUCGUUCGUCUCCGCGGCCGCUCGAGCAGGAACGCUGAGCAGGGCGGAAGCCCCGCAGCCGGCCGCAGCCCGGUCGCCGAGAGUCGCCCCGGCCGUGCAGACCCGCGUCCCCGCCAUGCGGCCCCUGGACGCCGUGGAGCUGGCGGAGCCCGAGGAGGUGGAGGUGCUGGAGCCCGAGGAGGACUUCGAGCAGUUCCUGCUGCCCGUCAUCCACGAGAUGCGCGAGGACAUCGCGUCGCUGACGCGCGAGCGCGGGCGCGCGCCCGUGCGCAACCGGGGCAAGCUGUGGGAGAUGGACAAUAUGCUGAUCCAGAUCAAGACGCAGGUGGAGGCGUCGGAGGAGAGCGCGCUCAACCACCUGCAGCCGGGCGUGGAGCCCCGCGGGCCGCGGGCGGAGAAGGCGGAGGAGAAGGCGCAGGAGAUGGCGAAGAUGGCCGAGAUGCUGGUGCAGCUGGUGCGGCGGAUAGAGAAGGGCGAGUCGUCGUGAGCGGCGGUGAUUGUUAUGGCGGCGGACGGACUUCAGUGAUGGAUCUCUCCUGUGCCGCAGGUUUCCAGCCAGCGGAUUCUGGUCGAGUGAUGGCUGACACCCCGGAGAAGCUGAAACCAGAGAGCCUUGUUUCCCUUUUCUUUCCUGUCUUCUCUGUCCUCAUUUACACUACGUUUCUGCUGUGGUCUGCGGUGGAUGACCUCAAUGAGCUUGAUCGUUAGAUUCGUUCCUUUGGUUGGGGAAGUAAUUUUUAUUUGGAAAAUGCUCUCACAGGAAUUAGGGCCUCGCUCGUGAGCUCUUGGGCAGCAGCCUCGUCGUUCCUGGGCUUGGAUUUUGAGGUGCUUUGCUCUUCCCUCGUGUCACCUGACAGCUCCCUGGAACUCGGGUCGGUGUGAGGCACACGUGCCGCUCGGGAGUUGGAGUUCAUCCCUCAGGACGGGUGUUAGAGGACGGCUCCGCGCAGCAGCUGCUGAAGAGGGGACCAGACUCCACCUGGACUGCAGAUGGGCCCUCUGACUAGGACUGGUGGACUGGGAGAAGGGUGGGAGCAUGGAAUUCCUUCUCUUGGGAGACUUUAAUUUCUGUGUGAGACCAAAGGAGGAGAGAUGUAUUUUGUGCAAAAUUUAAAUUUUAUGUGGUACACUAUAUUGUAACCUGUCUGGUGAGUUUAUUUGGAAAACCUAAUUCUAAAUGACAUGGAGCCUAGGAUGGGGGACGAGGUCUUGGUAUUCUGUACAAAUUGAUGGGGCAGCCCCAUAUACUUGAGGGGGGUCUGGGAAGAUACUUGGAAAGGCUUAAGAUGGACUGAGGAGGAAGACACGGGACUGUCUGCAGUGGACCCUAAACUACAAGGAAGAGGCGUCUUCAAGGUUCCUGUGUAGUCGAGCUCUAAGUUUGAGUAGCAGACCUGAGAAGUAUUUGAGGUCAAAACCCCUACCAUGUUUGGAAAAAAAAUCUUACAUGUUAAUAAAAAUAUUCGUUUGCUUGAAAA